CCGCUGUGCUACUACAUGUCACCAUCAACGCUGUGUGCCACCAACAGAGCCGCCCCAUGGCACCACCGCAGCAGCGUGACCCAGAACGGUGACACCGCUGGGCCACCCCAUGCCAGCGCCACAGCGGUGUGCCGCGGUGGCAGUGACGCAGCUGUGCCACCCCUCUGCUGCCACCGCCGUGUCACCGCCGUGUCACCGCCGCACGGCCCCGCUGGCCCCGCCCCCGGCCCCGCCCCCGCCCGUCCCGGCUCCCGUCCGGCCGCGGCCAUGGCGGAGCCCGGCGGGGGCCGCCCCGUCACCGUCAGCGAUGUGCAGCAGCUGGUGCGGCGCAAGGACGAGAUCGAGGCGCAGAUCAAGGCGUGCUACGAGCUGCUGGAGGGGCAAAAGGGCGUCGGGAUGCACGAGCCGCUGGUGGACGCCGAGGGCUUCCCGCGCUCGGACAUCGACCUGUACCAAGUGCGCACCGCCCGGCACAACAUCAUCUGUUUGCAGAAUGACCACAAGGCCCUGAUGAAGCAGGUGGAGGAAGCCCUGCACAAGCUGCACGCCCGGGAGAAGGAGAAGCACGCCAAGGAUGAGGCAGAGGCCUUGGCCGAGGCCAUGAGCCAGAGCCAGAGCCUGCCCCAGGCCUUUGCCAAAGUGAACUCCGUGACCCCGGGCUCUCCUGCCAGUGUCUCGGGACUUCAAGUUGACGAUGAGAUUGUGGAGUUUGGAUCUGUCAAUGCAAACAACUUCCAGAACCUGCAGAACAUUGCCACGGUGGUGCAGCACAGCGAGGGGAGACCCCUGAGUGUGACUGUGAUCCGUGGUGGCAGAAGGGUGCACGUGGGGCUGACUCCAAAGCGCUGGGCCGGGAAGGGCCUCCUGGGCUGCAAUAUCAUUCCUUUACAAAGAUGACCAUGGCUGGGAGAACAAUAAAGCUGAAGCUUGUGCCGCUUUCUGGACUCUGAUCUGGUUUGAAAACUUCCCUACGUGGUGUUGCUGUGACCUCUGGUGCCUGAAGGGUUCUGGCAGAGUUCUGCAGUUCAGAAUUGCAUUGGUUGUCAGGAGGAACCUGCAGAGCUGCAAGAUGUGGCUUCUCAUCUCUUCCACUUGUAUCAAUUUAGAAUAAGGCUCUAGAGAGACCCAAAUCUCCCUUGAUACACGCUCCAAAGAGCUUGAAAUGCUCUGUUUUGGUGAUAACAGAGCAUUCCUUUUUUCUCCCCUUUAAAACUCCUCACCGAAUAUCGUGUAAUAUAUGCUAAAAAGUCCUAGAGCACUUUUUGAUGCCUGUCAUAGUAGAUGACAGGCAAGAGAUAUGCAAGUUUGAUACAUCUUCCCCAUGUUGCCACAACUUUUAAAGUCAUUGAACAUACUGAAAGGAUUUUUGAAAUGCCCAGUUAUUUUAACACAAUGAGGUAAAGAAUAGGGGUUAUAAUUCUGCUUUUGGAACUUCUAGUAGUUUAUAUAGUUAUGAUAAAGCACUCCUAAUCUAGCUUCUCUCUGUUUUCUUUUAAUUUUUUAAAAUUUUGUUUAUUUGCAGGAGUUGAUUUUGGGGUGUUUCCUGGUUCCAGCCAGGACAGGGUUUACCUUCUUGUGCCUCCCAUUCUCCUCUCCAUCCUGCUGCAGGAGCAGUGGGGGGAGUGGGUGGGUGGCACAUGGUCUGGGGUGUUUUCAGUGGGAACAGUAAAUUGGGGAAUACCAUUCCUAAACCACCACAGAUGCAUAAACUGUUGGAAGGGAUUCCAGGAAUGACUGGUUUGUUUAAAGCUUAUUUCCAGUUGAACUUCAAAAUAGUCUCCCAAAGCAAUAAAACUGAGUAUUGCCUCUC